GCUGAUGUGUGUCUGAUUUAAACUGCAUUUCAAUAGAGUAAAGAUUAAUGGGACACAACUAGAUAAAGAGGAGGAUGUUGUAGCCUGAAGACAUGAACGUCCAGUUGGGUUUGGAGAACGGUGAAGACAUCUCGAGCUCAGGCCAAGAGCUAAUGCACAAUCAAGGUAGGACUUUGCAUCCACCUGUACCGAGAUCCUCGUUGGUGUCCAGUAUGACCUCUGUGUUGGAUGGAAGCGACUACCACCGCUCAGACCAUCACCUGGCUACAUCGUUGCACCCAGGGUUGGGAUUUGGGGGGGAUUCUCCUCCAGCAUCCGCAAACAGUUAUACAACCUUGACCCCAUUGCAGCCCCUUCACGAAAAGUUCCAUCACCACCAGCAUCAUCAAUGUGUUCCAGUCGGAAAUGUCAUUGGAAGUUUUACUCUAAUGAGAGAGGACAGAGGACUUGGGCCUCCUAGUAACUUUUAUAGUCAUUAUCCUAAAGAUAUAAGCAUGGGGCAAGGUCUUUCGUCUUUGCCAAGCCCUAACCUGACCUCCAUGCACGGUUAUGGUCAUCAUUCAGGACACUUGUCCAACGAGAAGAUGGUAUCUGGCAAUGGUUUUGAUGCCCACCACAGCAUGUUUAGCAGAAUAGACCAGCACUUUUCAAGAGAAUUAUCCCCUCCUCCUUCCUCUGGAGUAGGGUCACCCAACAACAUGCACCAACAUCACUAUGUUCACCACAGGGCAGACAUUAAUUGUAGACAAAACCCCCCCAUGCCAACGCAAAAUACUACCCUCAACAGCCAGCUGGAAGAGAUUAAUACCAAAGAUGUUGCCCAAAGAAUUAUUGCCGAACUGAAGAGAUACAGCAUCCCACAAGCUAUUUUUGCAGAGAGGGUCCUGUGUAGGUCACAAGGGACUCUCUCUGACCUUCUAAGAAACCCUAAGCCCUGGAGCAAGCUAAAAUCGGGAAGAGAGACCUUCAAGAGGAUGUGGCGGUGGCUUCAGGAGCCUGAAUUCCAGAGAAUGGCAGCUUUAAGGUUAGAAGCUUGCAAAAGGAAAGAGCAAGAGCAAAGCAAAGCCGAAAGAAACCACGUGCCUAAGCGGCACCGCCUGGUCUUCACCGACAUCCAACGACGCACACUGCAUGCCAUUUUUCACGAGAACCAGCGGCCCUCCAAAGAGCUGCAGAUCACCAUUGCACAGCAGCUGGGCCUAGAACUCUCCACUGUUAGCAACUUCUUCAUGAAUGCACGCAGGAGGAGCCUGGACAAGUGGAUGGAGGAGGGUCACGGGCGCCCGCCUUCCUCCUCCGGCUCUUUAGCCUCCAAAGGUGGUUCGGCCAUUGCUUGCACCAAAGCAUGAGACGAUGCCUACUACGCUAUCAACCAAAGAUAGUACCCGCUCAGCCUCCAUAGUCAUCCCUUCUCCAUUCUUCGGGACACCGUCUCCAAG